AGUUUAUACAUUAAACAGUUGUGAAUGUUCCGCUGUUAUUAAUUUUUAGAAAAACUCUGUAGUCAUGUUUCCUUUUCAGCGGCUCUUUGGCGACGAAAUGCAAAAUCCAAUCAGAUUUACUGAAACAUAUAGGUGCUUUUCGGUCUCAAUGAUGCAUAUCGAGAGAGAUGACCUAGAAAAAGGAGGAAAAAUCAUAUUACCCCAAUCGGCUUUGGAUCAGCUGACAAGAUUGAAUGUUCAGUAUCCUAUGCUGUUCAAAUUAACAAAUAAAAAAGAUAAUGUGGACAGACAGACUCAUUGCGGAGUUCUUGAAUUUAUUGCAGACGAGGGUCAUAUGCACGUACCUCACUGGAUGAUGAAAAAUCUAUAUUUGGAAGAGGGUGAAACCUGUCAGAUUGAAAACGUUUCUCUACCAAUAGCUACUUUUGCAAAAUUUCAACCUCAAAGCCUGGAAUUUCUAGAUUUAACUAAUCCCAAAGCUGUGUUAGAACACAGGCAUUUCGCAUGUUUGACUGCUGGAGAUGUCAUCGCUAUAUAUUAUAACGAUAAGGUAUAUGAACUUUGCGUAUUGGAAACUAAGCCAGGAAAUGCAGUGUCUAUCAUUGAAUGCGACAUGAACGUUGAUUUCGCUUCUCCAGUCGGAUAUCAAGAGCAUCAGAGGAAAGAGGAGACUCGCGAAGAAUCAACAGAUGACUUACCCGAAUCGGAAAUACUAGAUCCAGGAUUCUGUGCUUUUCAAGGACAAGGACAUAGGAUAGAUGGUAAAGAAAAAAAUACUCAGGCAGCACCCCAAAAAACAACAGCAAAUGGAAGGCAAAGGGGAAUUCCAAAUUAUAAUCAUGAUGUUUAUAAUCUACACUUUAGCAGAGACAAACGACGAAAUAAGGAAGAAACCUCACAAGAUGCAGCUGAUACCAGAGAUUUUAAGGCUUUUCAGGGAGAGGGGCAAUCCCUCAGACAAAAGAUUAAAUAA